AUGGACCUCAGCUCAGUCCUCCUCGCAACCACAAUAGGCGCAGCAGCCUACCUAGUUAAAAUAUGCUCCAAGUCACCCAACCCACCUCCGCAAUCGCGACAUACCACCGACACAAUCGGCCCGCUAGUGGGCACAUUCACGAAUACCCUCCGCCGAGCCGCGCUGGGUGUUAUGCUGUUCCAGGCUGCUCUAGCACUCUUCGUUCAAUCUCCGGAGCGGAUUGAGUCCAUCUGCGCUGUACCAAGUAACCUUAACGAAUCCCUCGUCACCUGGGAUAAAACAACGAUAAUCUCACUCUUUCUUAUCUUCCUCGGCGCCGUAAUUCGGCUCUCCGCAUACGGAGGUCUCGGUCAGAAUUUUACGUUCCACCUCGCUGCGCCAGAUCACCUCGUUACGGACGGUGUGUAUAGAUUUAUGCAGCAUCCGAGCUAUACAGGACAGGCGGUGCUUUGUCUUGGCGUUGCAGGGGCUUUUGUGCGAUGGGAUGCCUCUGUUGCGUGUUUUAUUCCGGGCGAGGUACUGAAUUCUCUCCGGGGGUGGGUUGCUGCUCUUCUUCGGGCGAGGGUUAGAGAUGAGGAGGGGAUGUUGAAGGGGGAGUUUGGGAAGGAGUGGGAGGUGUGGAGUGCGCGGACUGCGAGGUUUGUUCCGUUUAUUUGGUGA